UUUCGUGACGUCAUAACACAUUUGACGUAAACAAUUAAUGGCGUCUUUCAUGGAUUAACAUACUUACGCCUAAUUUUUAUCAUUGUAUUUGUGUAGCACGUUAAAACAUUUACGUAAAUGCUAACAGGAUGGUGUUUCCAAUAACCCUAUCCGAAAAUGUUCGAAAUAAAUUAGGCGUAAUAAUCACCUUUUUGUGUGUGACUCUUGCGGUGGCGGGCCUUUGCCUCAUAUGCGCUGGGAUCUACAUUCAAAUACAUAUAAACAACAAACUUAUUCUGCUUGAAAGCUACAAUGACGGCCUGCUUCCAAACUUUCUAAUCGGCGUGGGGAGCCUUAUGGUUAUCAUCAACGCAUUAACGGCCAAGUUUGCAUACGACACCGCAUUCGCCGUCACGAGUGACAAGUUCCGGCUGGCGCUGAUGCCAGUGGUGGUGAUUAUGUUCCUGUUCAUAUGGAUCGUCCUUGCGGCGAGUAUCGUCAGCUUCUCCCAUAGGAAGAGCGUAAGCAAGGCGCUCCACAUGGGACUUAUGGACGCAAUGAAGCGAUAUAAGAAAAAUAUUAAAGUUAAAGAGGAGCUUGACCACGUCCAGAUGAUGUCGCGCUGUUGCGGAAGCAACUCGUACAAGGACUGGUUUACCGUCGGCUGGAUCAACAUGGACUAUGUGAAUAGAGCAGAUCCCAUGUUUUCUAGAUAUAUCAGGGAUGACAACAUAUUUCUGGAAAGCGUGCCGUUCAGUUGUUGUGACGUCAAAUCGCGUCGCCCCUGCAUCACUGCUGACGUACUCAACAACGGCGCCCACAAGAAUUACGACGGCGUCACGUUGUACCGCCGAGGAUGCACGGAAGCUUUAAUGGACAAGUUUGACAAGCGCAUACUAAAACCCACCGGCUCCGUUGUGUUCAUUCUUUUCUGUGCUCAGACGUUCCUGCUGAUGUUGGUGCGCUACCUGCAGACGUCCGUUCAGAGCGCCUACGAGGAGGGAGAUCCCGAGGGGCCGGGCAGGGGCUACGUGCUCCCGAAUAUCUGCGCCGCCUGCAGUACCGGAGACCCGGAUAAAUACGUCAAGCAGGGCGCCCUGCAGAAGAUGCGCGGCGAAAAACUUCCGGGCGAGGACGCGGAUGACUCCGUUGAUGAUACGGAGACCUCUGCCUUCAGCGGUGGCGGUGACCCAUACUCCAUGAUGGGCCAGAUGCCGCCACAGAUGCCACCACAGUUCGGUGGCGAUGGUGGCGGUGGUGGCGGUGGUGGCGGCGGUGGCAACGACAAAAAAGACGGAAAAGGUUCCAAGAAGAAUAAAGGCGGCAAGCAAAAACAGAAAUCAAAAUCAAAAUCGAAAAGUCCAAAUAAAAAGUCAAAAUCACCCAAAGGUAAAUCAUCCAAAGGUAAAUCAUCCAAAGGUAAAUCAUCCAAAGGUAAAUCAUCCAAAGGUAAAUCAUCCAAAGGUAACUCACCGAAAGGAAAGUCAAAAUCACCCAAAAAGAGCAAGUCACCAAAAAGAUCGAAAUCUCCCAAGAGGAAAGGAGGCGGAUUCAAAAGAAAGAGAUAAACUCGUGGAAUAGGGAAUGAUAAAUGAAUUAUAUUGGUAAAAGUUGUAGCGUUUUUUUUUGCGUUCGUCUUUACACCACGCUUGCAAAGUGUUCAUAAAAAGGAUAGAAUGUAUUUUUUGUUGUUUUAUAUUCGACACUCAGUUUCAUUGUUAGUACACUCCUGUAUGUGUUCUAUUGGAAGCAUGACGUCCAUUUUGCUUAUAUAAACAUUUCUUGGAUUGACAAGUUUAACACAUUAAGUUCGUUUAUAUGACGUUACCAUUCAUACAACAUGGUAUAAACUAAAUGAGUAACCGAAAGGCAUGUGAAUUAUUAUUUAUUAUGAAUCCAAUAUGUCACAAAAAACAAUAUAGAAUUCCUAUGAUAAUAUCAGAAUGUGUUCUAAGGUCGUAAUUUUACACAUGCAGCAUUCUAAGUGUAUUUUGUAUUUUUCUAAGUGUAUUUUGUAUUUAAUGUUCUGUUUUAGGUUCCAGUCCAGCGACAAAUGUUGUCGAGCAAUUUGUAGAAUGAUAUUACAGAUUUUUUUAACACACACAUGAUAAUUUUAGAUCAUAAAACUAGGAUUACCUGGUCUACAGUGUUUCAAAGGAAAAUGUAAUCACAAGCCACCUUUUGAUUUUAGUGCAUUUUUUUUCAGUGCGGAUUAAAGAUUAUUGUUCAUUGUACUCUUUAUGGCGUAUAGUUUCAGCUACAAUAUAACACAAAGACGAACACACAGAUUAAUACUCUUGAACCCGAUCCAAUCACAAUCCUAACAUUUACGUGAGCGCAUCCAUGUUAUUGUGGCCGCCUAAAUGCAAAACAUACACGAGUCAACUCCACCAUGAAAAAGAAUUAAUAUAAGCUUUAUGCUUGUUUUCUUAUCCAUGAAUUUAUACUUUGUAACUGUUGCAUUGUUGCCAACAAUGUAUUGAUUUGUAUGAUUACGAAAUGAAUAAAUACGUUUAAACUAA